UAAAACCGUGAAUCACGGCCCUGGAUGUAUUGAUGCAGCCCUACCUUGAACAUGAUGGAGUGACGUAAGGUGGGACCGUAAUCGAAGGCCAUGAUUUCACCGUUUUAACCAAGCGCAACUGUAACGGGUGUAGCUGAUUUCUCCUCAUUCACGAGUGUAUGUACACGAAAGUAUAUGAGUCACGAUUCACGGCGUGGAAUUUAAGUCCAACGACUUCGUCGUAGAGGAGGACUCCUUGGUUCUUGCUUCCACCCGCGCGCGCGUAUGUAGUAGCAAAUCAUAAGUCAUAACAGAUUGCCUAAGAGUUAGAAACCUUUCACUCCAUCCCAAAUUUCCAAUCUCUUCGUGUAAGGCCGUAAGCUUGGACUAUCUUUAAUGGCAACGACAACGGCCAAGAUAACUCCCGUCGAUCCCAACUCUAGCCGAGUGUGUUUCUCCUUCGCUGCGUACGCCAAGAACUUAAUAGAUCAUCUAAAACUAUGCAGGAUUCCAGUAACCGAAGGCCUCACCGACGAUGAGUUCUCUUCCAUUGAGACUUCCUUUGGCUUCAUCUUCCCUCCUGAUCUCCGUUCCAUUCUUCGUGAAGGAUUGCCGGUCGGUCCUGGGUUUCCCAACUGGCGAUUGUCGUCUCCUCAGCAGCUCCAGAUUCUCAUCAAUCUCCCCAUCUUGGGAAUCUGCAAAGAAAUCUCUAAAGGGACUUUCUGGUGCCAAUCCUGGGGUGACGAGCCUGAUUACCCUAACGAAGCCCUAUCCCUUGCCAAACAGAUCAUGCGGAAAGCUCCCAUUCUUGUCCCGAUUUAUAGACACUACUAUAUUCCUUCUAUGCCCAACAUGGCCGGAAAUCCGGUCUUCUUCAUUCAAGGCGGAUAUUUCCGGUGCUCUGGUUUCGACGUCGCCGGAUUCUUUCAGCAAGUCGAAAUCAGGCAAAAGGACUGUGUUUACCGGUCAUUGAAUUCAUCCCCAGCUUGGGCAGCAAAGGCGGCGAGGAGGAUCGAGUUCUGGUCUGAUUUAGUGGAGAAUGUCACGUGCAGUAAGAGAGAUAACACGUGCAGAUGGCGGAGAGGAGUGCCAUACAGAAUUUUCAAGGAGGUAAGUUCGAGACUGCGAGAGGGCGGGUGGACGGAGGAGGAGGUAAGAGAUAUGAUGAUGACGACGGAGGGAGAUGAUGGGAAGGAGGGAGGGUCGUCAUUUCUGAAAGACAGACAUAGCUUGGAGCUGCACCUGCGGUUGCUAUCUUUUACCUUGCUUCGAGCCGGGUGGAGGAUUCACGACGUGGUCUACUCUCUUGGGUUCCAUGAAGGCGGCAUUCUGGAUGCGGACUCUUGCUUGGACGUUCUAAUCACUAAAGCUAAACAGCAAUUAUCAUGACGGUCCCUAAGUAAAAAAGAUAGGAGGAAGAAUUUCCUUCGUUAAGAGAAUUGCAGGUGCAGGUUCACCUGACAGUGCUGGAUCGACACGUGUAUAUGUUUGGUUCUUACGCUUGAAUGGGUUGGAUCUUCGCAAACAGACAAGCAUCAAUUCUCAACCCUCAACCAUGGAUUCACGGGUCUCCAGUUUCCACAGUGCAAUGACCAUCCAGUUGUCCAGAAAAUUCUAAUUACCCGUCCAAACUUGUCAAGCAAGGGCCAAUAAGUCUAAUUCUGUGGGUCCUGCAUCCUUAGUUCUUUUUAAUUUUUCUUUAUUAAUUUAUGAUGAAGAAAAUCAGUUGUCAAAAUAACCUUA